UCUCAUUCACCGACUCAACAACUCCCAACAAUACCGACAACAACUCGACCAAUUCUACUACACCUUUUCCCGUAACUCCUAUAACUUCACCCGAUCUCAUUUCCACCUAUCGCACAUCGGCAUUUUAUGCUGCCGCAGCUUAUUGUAAUAACUUAACUACCAAUUGGGACUGUGGUCUGAUUUGCGAUUCGACACCGGGAACGCAGUUGAUAUCCGUAAUUGAAGGAAAAGCUGCUGAAUCUCGCGUCUUUGUUGCAGUAAAACCAGACGAUAGAAAGAUAAUUGUUGGUUUCCGUGGUACUUUGCCGCAGGAUUUUAGAACUAUUACUACAGAUCUUCACUUUUUAUUUGGUGAUUAUACGCCUGUUCCUGAUGCAAAAGUGCACGCUGGGUUUAUGGAUGCAUUCAAAGAGAUAAGAGAUGGACUCGUAAAUGAAGUUCAAAAACAGUUGGAACUUAAUCCCGGAUAUAGCAUCGAUGUUUCCGGACAUAGUUUCGGUGCAGCUUUGGCUGUAUUGGCUGGGCUUGAUUUUGCUCAGAAUAACGAUACGUUAAAGUUCGACAAACUCUCUCUUACCACGCUUGGUCAGCCACGGCUUGGAAAUGAUAUAUUUGCCAACUACGUUGACAAGACAUUGGUUGUCAAUCGCCUUGUACAUACGGUCGACCCAUACACGCGUCUUCCGCCGAAUUUUCUUGGCUACCGUCAUCACAACGGAGAGAUUUGGAUCCAAGACGAUGCGACUGCAGAAUCAGGCGGGGCAAAACAGUGUGGUGGUGAUGAAAAUCCAAACUGUAUUAAUUCUGUUAAUGUGGUUGAUCUCAAUUUUGGCGCUCACCAUGGGCCAUAUUUUGGCGUUGACAUGCAUACAUGUAAUGGCACAAAUCCAGAUGACAUUGUAGAUAAUGCGAUAAAGUCGUUGAUACAAUAA